AUGAUGGAACAAGGAGCUAGGAAACAACAUCGUAAUUUACGCCGUCCCCUAGCUUCGGGCUUGACGAUAAGGGGGCGGGCCUUGGUCUUGCCGGCCCAGUCUUCUCAUCCUUCAAUGAGCCCUGGUAAUCACCUGACAGUUCAAUGCUCAGGAGUUUGA